AUGGGUGUUGAAUUUCAACCUAAUAAUACUGUUAAAGAAAGGCGGCAAAUCGAUACUGAAGCAACUCUUUCUCCUCCUCCUUUGGUACUGGGAUUGCAGCCAGCCGCCUUGGUCGACCACGUGGCCAAAGUUGAUUGGUCCCUCCUCUCCCAAAUUCCGGGAGAAUCCGGUGGCUCCUUCCCUGUUGCUGCUGAAGAACUAAAUCAUAUAUUGAGUGAGGUAAACACACACAUUCUGUCUCUCCCUGAUGAGUCAUCUCCUACAAAAACCAUUGCUGGAGGGAGUGUCGCAAAUACAAUUAGGGGGCUAGCUGCUGGCUUCGGGUUGAAUUGCGGGAUAAUUGGGGCUUGUGGUGAUGACGAGCAAGGUAGCUUGUUCAUAAAUAAUAUGAGCUCUUACAACAUUGAUUUGUCCAGAUUGAGGUUAAAAAGUGGGCGAACAGCUCAGUGUGUAUGUUUGGUCGAUCAACUGGGAAAUCGGACAAUGAGACCAUGCCUCUCUGGUGCAGUCAAAGUUCAGGCAGAUGAACUCAAACGAGAAGAUUUUAAAGGUUGCAAGUGGUUGGUGAUGAGAUAUGCCAUAUUGAACUUGGACAUCAUUCACUCGGCUAUCCGAAUUGCAAAGGAAGAAGGUCUUUUUGUUUCACUUGAUCUGGCCAGCUUUGAGAUGGUACGGAAGUUUAGGGUCCCUCUUCAACAGUUACUGGAGUCCGGGAAUAUAGACCUUUGCUUUGCCAAUGAGGAUGAAGCAACAGAACUCUUAAGGGGUGAGGAAAAUGUAAAUUAUGAGGCGGCACUUGAAUAUCUGUCCAGGCACUGCCAGUGGGCUGUUGUUACAUUGGGUUCAAAUGGAUGCAUUGCAAAGAACAAAAAAGAGGUUGUUCGAGUACCUGCUAUCAGUAAAGUAAAGGCGACUGAUGCCACGGGAGCUGGAGACCUUUUUGCCUGUGGGUUUUUGUAUGGACUGAUAAAGGGGUUUUCGCUGGAGGAAUGUUGUAGAUUAGGUUCUUGUACUGGCGGAUCUGUGGUUCGAGCGCUUGGUGGUGAGGUAACACCAGAAAACUGGCAGUGGAUGUAUACUCAAAUGAAAAAUGACGGACUUCCGGUCCCUGAAUUGAUGAAUUCUGGCUUCUGA